CAGCCUCGUAUAGUCAUACUUGCUCCUGCGGCGGGACGCGCGGCAGCCAUCUGUUCCAAAGUCCCUCCACCAUCGUUGUUGUUAUCAUUCAGCUCCGAGCACAGGAUCAUCAUAUCUGAAUAAUAAUCAGGGCUGCAGAAGGAUGGAAUUGGAAGAUAGGAUUAGCACAUUCCUGGAUGAUAUUCUUUUAAUGAUUUUAUCACUGUUGACUUUCAAGGAAGCAGUUGCCACCAGCAUCCUUUCUCGAAGAUGGCGAUAUUUAUGGGCAUCCCUCCCUAUCCUCGAUUUUAGAUUCGAAUAUGUUUUGCAACAUGAAGACAUCCACUACCGAAAUUUUAUUCGGCACUGUAGAUUACUUGAAGUUUACAAGGAUAGAUUUGUAGAAAUGGUCAACCAAGUGCCAAGGUUUCGAAAGGGUCAAGGGCUGCAAGAGUUUGGCAUCCAUUACCCGUUAGAACAAAGCUCUAGUUGCCAUAUUGAUCGUUGGGUUGCUUUUGCAAUUGCCGUUGGAGUUUCCAAGCUUGAAUUAAACCUCUCCCCCUAUUUAUCCAAUUGUCCUAGAGGUUGGAAGAAUUAUUCAAUCCCACAUGACCUUUUUGGCAGAACGAAUGGCAUGGAGCAGUUGUUUGGGCAAUUGGAUCGUUGUUUUCUCUCCAAUCCUACAUCCUCCCUCAAUGUUCGAAAUGGUUUCAAGUAUCUUAAAGAGCUCUCCUUGAAAUAUGUAGACCUUACAGACGAACACUUUGAAGCCAUUUUAUCUAGCUGCACAUCUCUCGAGCGCUUACAUUUGCUUAAGAGCAACAAGCUAGUUAGUGUAAAACACACUCUUCCUCACACGAAAUUGAAUUUCUUGGAGAUAUACCAUUGUUACAAUGUGGAGAAAGUUGAAAUAUUUGCUCCAAAUCUUGUUUCUUUCUUGUAUCGAGGGGCCAAGAUUCAUAUUUUCGUUAAGGGUGCGAAACAGCUCGUUAAUCUCUGCAUGUAUUCAUAUUCCUAUUGGGGAGAGAUGGAGUAUCCACACAACAAUUGUUUGGGUUUACCCUACAUGCAAAGUAAAGAUUUUGUUUUUGUCCAAUUUGCUGAGUACCUUUCACAGUUGGAGCAUUUGACCUUGGAUGUUGGUUUGUUUAAUGAUAAAGAAGUAUUCGAAAAGGUCCCUAUACUUUCAAAUCUGAAACAUCUGUCUUUGACUAGUGACAAUGAUUAUGAAGGCCCCUUUGGGGUGGUAAGUUGCUAUCGUACAGUUGUUUGCCUGGUCAAGGCAUCACCAUGCUUGUGUCGACUCGACUUACAUUUUGCACUGCCACCUUCCAAGAAUCCAGAAUUGAGAAGAAUUCCCAUGUCUCCGCACAAAUAUCUGAAAGAGGUUUUGGUUUCCGGUUUUUAUGGCAAUGAGCUGGUUAUGGACUUGAUAAUGUCUAUAUCUGAGUUUGCCAUUGAACUCCAAAAGAUUGAGAUAACAAUGGCAUUUUUAGGUGAUCUUUCCCGGUGUCCCCCCAUUAUUGUAAGGGAUGCUGAUGUUGCUAAGAAAAGUAUUGGGGAGCUUCAUCAAAAAUUGCCUGCAGAUGUUCAAGUAUGCUUUCUUGAUGAUGAUUAAUUUAUACAUGUUUCAUCUUGAAUGUGUAUGUUGGUGUGUGAUUUUACCCUGUUGUACCAUAAGAAUCCUAAUUUUCCUAAACCCAUUAGGCUAUUUAUUUCUUUUGGGUUAUUGCUGAAAUGUUAAGUUCAAUCCAAUUAUGGGAUGGAAGUGAUGAUGGGUCGGGUUGGUUAGUUAAGGAACAAAGCUCUUCUCCCAUGUGCUAGGCAAGUGUAGAAUCAUGAUUUUUUUUUAUAUAGGCCCAGUUUGGUAUACGAAAUUCAAACUAUGGAAUUUGUAUUGAGAACUUUAAUUCAAAUUUUGGUGUUUGGUAGCACAAAAAUUAUGUAGAUUUGGAACUGAUAGUGCAAAAAAUAAAUUAGAAUCGGCAUA